UUCGUCUGUACACGCUGAUGGUUACGACACAUCUUGUCAUCCAAAUGUAAGAGGACACCGCUUCCUGGUGUGGACGUAUUUAUAAUAAUGGACAGAUGAGAAAGAGAGAGAGAGAGAAAAAGUAGACCUGCUCGAGCCAGAAACAGAAAAGACACAGUAUUCAGUCUCAGGAAUGUCAGCUGUAAACAAAUAUGCAGAGGAUGGCAGCACCUUUUCGUCGAAGGUCAUCAACAUUGUGUUUAUCACGCUGCUGUUGGACCUGCUCGGAUUUACACUGAUUCUACCUCUGCUGCCUUCGAUUUUGGACCAUUAUGCGCAAACAGGGGAUGGCGUAUAUCAGUCUCUGCAGAGUGUUGUCGACUGGUUCCGGGAGGCCGUGGGGAUUCCAAUGGAAAAGAAAUACAACAGUGUUCUGUUUGGAGGUCUGAUCGGGUCACUGUUUUCUCUGUUGCAGUUCCUAUCUUCACCUGUAACUGGGGCUCUGUCAGACCACUAUGGCAGGCGGCCCUUGCUCAUUCUUACCACAUUAGGGCUGAUGUCAUCCUAUGCGGUCUGGGCUGUUUCCCAGAGUUUCAGCAUGUUCCUUUUGUUUCGAGUAAUUGGGGGCAUUUGUAAGGGCAACGUCAGCCUCUGCACUGCUGUCAUGGCAGACUUGCCUUGCCCAAAAGCACGGAACAGAGGAAUGGCUAUGAUCGGCAUUGCCUUCUCCCUGGGCUUCACUGUGGGACCUUUGAUGGGUGCCUAUUUUGCCCUCAGCUCCAGAACAACAGGAAAUGUCUUCUACCAAACUCCAGCUCUGCUUGCCUUGGCCUUCAGUGCUGCUGAUCUGCUCUUUAUUUGGGCCAUGAUGCCAGAGACACUCACAAAGGAUGUCAAGGCUUCAUCUUCAGAGUUUGGGGACUCCAGGGACCUUUUGAACCCAAUAUCUUUGUUCCAUUUUUCAGCUCUUACCAGGACAAAAGAUCCACCUCCAAAAGAGAGAAUGCAGAAGCUUCGAGCGUUGGGCUUGGUUUAUUUCUGCUAUCUCUUCCUGUUCUCUGGUCUGGAGUUUACGCUGAGUUUUCUGACUCAUCAACGCUUCCAAUUUACAAGUAUGCAGCAGGGAAAGAUGUUCUUCUUCAUUGGUGUCAUCAUGGCUUCAAUCCAGGGGGGAUACGCUCGCAGAAUCAAACCUGGGCAGCAUAUCCGGGCUGUUCAAGUGGCAAUAAAAUUAUUAAUCCCAGCGUUUUUUCUCAUCGGGCUCUCGUGGAACAUAACAAUGCUUUACAUUGGCUUGGCCCUAUACUCAUUUGCAGCUGCAAUUGUAGUUCCGUGCCUGUCAACGCUUGUUUCUGACCAUGGGUCGGCCAAUCAGAAGGGCACAGUGAUGGGGAUACUGCGUAGUUUGGGCGCUCUGGCCAGAGCACUGGGACCAGUUGUGUCAUCCUCUGUUUACUGGAUAGCUGGAGCUCAGAUCUGUUUUCUCCUCACAUCAGCCUCUUUCAUUAUUCCUCUGGCUCUCCUGAGAACAGCCAGAAGGGUAAAGGAGGAGUGAGAGACAUAAAGUAUUGAUAAAAGACUCUUGAUUGCAGAGACAUUUAAGAGUUUAAAUGAAUGUUAUGAUUUUUACAUCUGUUGGGAGAACAAGCACUGCCUUCUUGCUUUGACACAAAGAAAAAUAAUGGGAUGUACUGUAUACUUUCUGCCCUGUUUGCCAAGGAUUAUCACACAUUCAUUGAACAAAAUAAUGCAAGAAGACGAUGCACACAGCAAAACAAAGGGAUGAUACAGUACAUAUAGGAAAUGAGCGGGCAUGCCUUUUUAAUGUGCCCAUGUAGACCUGCGCAUAUUGUGAAAUGUAUGGGUUAGGGUGGGGAACAAAUAAGAUUUAUACUUGUGAA